AUGUUUUUUUUUUUUGUCAGAUGGUCAAAACUUGUUACACUCUACAGAAACUUGUCAAACUCGUCUAAUUUGGGUACUUUGUACAUUUAAUAGUCACUAAAAUAAAAAUAUAAAACUGUUUUGACACAGUAUGCAGAAUCUCGCGGUAUUUGACAGCUUCCCUCCACUCUUUGACACUAGCCCCUCCUCUGCGCUCCGGGAAUGCUGCCUUGUUUACAUUACUGGCACACGGGUCAGGAGUGUGGUGAUGACUGGGGGGAGGCCUAGUGGAGAGAGACACUGUCUGAACACACGUCCACAUCACGGCUGCUUCCACAGAACAGACUCUCUGUGUCCGCUAAAAAAGUUUGGAGCGAUCAGACACAGCGGUGCCACGCAGGACAGAGAGGCCCCGCCGUGAGGAGUGUCUGCAGCGACCUUGUACGAGGAAAAGGGAAAGUCAAAACAAAGACGAGCGCCAUAACCAUCCGCAGAAACUGUCAGCGUGAAGGAGGAAUAGCUAAGCAACAGAGUCACACUUCCUGAGGUGUGAAGGAUCACGUUCCUAACACCAUGGAUAUGGAUACACAGCCACAAGGUCAGCAAGCAGCCGUGCCAGUGUUCCAACCCCAGAAACCAUUGCAGCCAGAUAUGGGUCACAAUUCAUUGGCCAACUUCCAGAUCGAGAAGAAGAUCGGCCGCGGCCAGUUCAGUGAGGUUUACAGGGCGAGGUAUCUUCUAGACAACACGUCAGUGGCCCUGAAGAAGGUUCAGAUAUUUGACUUGAUGGAUGCCAAAGCUCGGCAAGAUUGCAUCAAAGAGAUAGAUCUCCUUAAGCAAUUGAACCACCCCAAUGUGAUAAAGUACCACGCAUCGUUUAUCGAGGACAAUGAGCUUAACAUAGUCCUGGAGUUAGCGGACGCCGGGGACCUCUCACGUAUGAUCAAGCACUUUAAGAAGCAAAGAAGGCUCAUCCCUGAGAGAACAGUGUGGAAGUAUUUUGUCCAGCUCUGCAGUGCCCUCGAACACAUGCACUCCCGGAGAGUCAUGCACCCAGAUAUCAAACCAGCCAACGUAUUCAUCACAGCUACAGGAGUAGUGAAGCUAGGAGACCUGGGACUGGGACGAUUCUUCAGCUCCAAAACUACCGCUGCUCAUCUUUCAGUGGGUACUCCUUACUACAUGUCACCAGAGAGGAUACAUGAAAACGGAUACAACUUCAAGUCUGACAUCUGGUCGCUAGGAUGCCUGCUGUAUGAGAUGGCAGCCCUACAGAGCCCCUUCUAUGGGGACAAGAUGAACCUAUACUCCCUUUGUAAGAAGAUAGAACAGUGCGACUACCCCCCCCUCCCCUCAGAUCACUACUCAGAGGAGCUGAGGAACUUGGUAGAUAUGUGCAUCAACCCCGACCCCGAGAAGAGGCCGGACAUCACCUACGUGUACGACAUUGCCAAACACAUGCAGAGCCUCACACAGGGCAGCUAAGCCCCGAAGAUUUACUCACUUUAUAGCUCGCAGAACUUCUCCUCCUCCUCCUCUUCCUCCUCCUCCUCCUCCUCCUGCUGCUCCUCCUCCUCUGCUUCUCCAUGCUGGACUUGUAAACGUCUAUCAGCUUUCACACAAUAACUUACUCCAGAGUUUAGUUUCUUACAAUAAAAAGAAAACAUGUGUAGCAAAUGUUAUUUUUAGGAUGCUGAUGUAGUCUGUAGGAGGACCCACACCAAAACCAUUUCUGGCCCCACAUUUCUCCCACUUUUAUGUUACAGCGCUGAAGGAGCUCAGACAUGUGUGUGUGUGUCUCCUGCUCUGGUCUCACACUCACUCGUCUCCUCAUGUAGUAAACUGCUAUUAGUGAGCACUAGGGUUUUUUAAAAAACUUACAUAGAAAGGGAGAGAAAAAAAAUAGUAUUGAACUCCGACAAAUUAUCUAUGCAAAUAUGAUGUCGACUCUGGUGUGAUGAGAAAAUGUAGAGGAAUUGAAAUGUGGUGUUAAAGGUGAGCGUUAUCUCCUGGUGGUGGAGGUGAAGGGAUGUAUGAAGAAAGGCGAAGGAUGGUAUAGACGACAGGGUGGAAAAUCAUGGGCGGAUGUCUGUGAAUGUAGGCCGUUUGACACGAGUGUUGGGUUUUAUUUUAGACCAAACACGGAGCGUCUCAGUUUGACAGCCUGAAGACGGCGGGACAAAGUUUAACAAAAGUGAAUUUGCUGUUUACCUGUUUGUCACCCAAAAAAAAACAACCAAAA